UAUGCUUGAAGUUUCAUCACCUGAGAUUAUUUUCGACUUAAAAAAUGACAUUUAUAUUCCUUACAGCUUAAGUCUAAAAAAUGUCACAUCCUAUUACUUGGCAUAUAAAGUUAGAGAAAAUAUAUUUGAUAGAUUAAAUCCACAAAACCAGAACUUUUUUCUGUUAAACAAAGUCGAGGUUUGAUUUCACCUCAGUAAUCAGAAAUUGUAGAAUUUAGUACAACAGACAGAGCUAAAGUACAUUAUAAAUAUGAAUAUAGGAAGAAUUUAGAUCCAAAACAUAUCGUGAAUCAAAAAUUCUAAAUAUAUGCUAUCAAUGUUUAAGAAAAGAAAUCAGUAAAACUAAUAAUAUAGUUAGAUUGCUGAAAUUGACAACCUCUUCCAAACUCAAACUUGUUUUAGUAUUAGAUUGUUUACAAGUAUAUUAAAGGAAGAAUUUGGCAAAAAAGUUCAAAUUUAAGGAAACAACUUGGCAUCCAGUCAUGCAUCUGUUCUAGUAUACCAAUUAGUUAAAAUCUUAUUAGUCAAAUAGCAGAUCAGAGUCUUAGGCCACUAUGCAGUCAAUGAUUUAACCAACUCCAUUAACUAAUUAAGUUUAAUGUGUUUAAAGACUCAAACAAAUUGAAUUGGAACUAGUAAUUAUUUCAUUUAUAACAUAAAAAGGCAGAAGAAAAGCGAAAGAGAGAAUAAAUGUAUAAUACUAUUGAAAUUUCAAAAUUAAAGAAAGGUUUAUUAGUCUUUUUUAUUAAUAGGAUCCUCCUUUUUGAAAUUUAUUCUGCCCAUUAUUUUAGGAAUCCUAUUAUCCAAUGUUUACUAAAUGAGUCUUAAAUAUUAUGAAUGAGG